UUUUUCCGUCAAAACAAGAAUAUGUAUAAUGCGAGCAGGAUUUAACGAAACUAGAAUAAUCACUACUUGUGCGGUCGAUUGGUCAAAAUCUAGUUGGCUCAAAGGAACAAUUGAGAAAGCGAGCAUUGAAGGCCAAAAGCAGUACUGGAAGGGCCUCUCACAAGAAAUUAGGAAAUAUAUUGUUGCACAUCCUUCAGAAUUCCAGGACGAAUCAGGAUCACCAGUUCUAGAACGUGUAGAAACCGAUGAAGUCGAAAAGGAUUGGGUUAAGAGAACACAAACUCGAUCUAAAGAGCGAACUAGAUCUAUCCAAAUACCUUGUGAGAAUAAUGUUUUAGAGCAAGCUGAACCAACACCAACACAACGUCAAAUUGCUGGAGUAUGGGGCACUCUCAUAGAGGUUCAGAGUAUCAUAUCUUCUAUACUGUCAACAAUAUUUCAAAACAUUUCUAUUCCAUCAACCAAUACUAUGAUAAUGUCAGCUAUAUUAAUAACGAUGAUAGCAAAUUUUUAUAAUUGGUAUCUUCUACAAGGUAUUGGGCGCAGACUUGAUAGUAUUGGAGGAAAUAAUGUUCCUGCUUUCGGACGUGGUCGUAAAAAUGAGUUUCUUUAUGAAACUAGACAGCAAGAUUUUGCAUCAAUACUUGAUGAUCGAAUUGAAAAUGAAGACGUGUUAUGGCAAUGGUUAACCGAUAAAUCAAAAAUAUACGAGCAAGAUUACCAAAAAUAUGAUCAAGUUGAAAAUUAUUCCCCAUCAUCUAGUGAUGAUCAUCAUGAGUCAAUGCCAAUGAAAUCACAAAAGCUACAUGAAAAUAUCGGAGAUUUACAUAAGUUGCUACUAGCUGCGGAAGGUCAUGUUAAAAAAUUGGUGGAUAUUGUCGAAAUUGAAAAUGCUUAUCAGGAUCGAGAGGAAAAAAUGCGGAAACUUUAA